AUGAAGGGAUUCGGCGCCUUGACCAAGGGCCAAAAGUACCUAAGCAACGCUGGGACGCACCAGAUCACAGCGGAUUUCACGUUCCACGCUACCAUCGGUGUUGAGGCUGAUCUGCUCUCCCGCUUAGCAACCGGUCACUUAUCAGUCGCGUUGUACAAGAGUGACGCUGGUCAGGCUGCGGAUACGCUCCAUCGCCUAGUGCCGCAGCGAACUCCCGAACCAUCUGAUGUCGCCGAGGUACGGGAGGAGGAUUUUUAUUCCGCGCUGAAGGAGCUCGGCUACAAAUAUUAUGACGAUUUUCGCGGCCUGUCAUGCCUGAAGCGAAAGAUCAACUACGGUUCGGCGCACGUGGGUGUUCCCGGUCAUACAUCGGCUGCUGAUGCGGUUUUUCUGCACCCGGCCCUGCUGGAUGCGGCUUUACAGGCAAGCUUCCUCACCUACUGCCAUCCCGUUGACAAGAGCCUCGACCAGCUACACCUACCUACAGGUUAUAUUGACGUUUAUGGUCGUGACGGGAAAACACCCCUCAUCCAAAUACAAGGCCUCCGGGUGACGCCUCUGACUGAGCGGGCUAGUGAUGCGGACAGAACAUUAUUCAUGGAGCAUAUCUGGGGGGUGAGCAUGCCCGAUGCUGUGCUAGUAACAAACAGCCGUGCUACCCUGGCCGAUUAUGAGCUUGUUACAAACCUGGAACGGCUCUCCCUGUACUACAUGAAAAAACUGGUUCACGAUGCGCCACCAAGUCAGCGCCGCGGCUUGAAAUGGCAUCACGAGGCCAUGUUUAACUGGUUCGAACACGUGCUCCGCCAGACGGCUGAGGGGCGGCAGCGAUAUACCAGCAAGGAGUGGCUUGGUGAUACCUGGGAUCAGAUCUCGGCCAUAGUGGGCAAAUACCCUGCCAACAUUGACAUCAAGAUCAUGUGUACAGUCGGCGAGAACCUCGAGUCCAUCGUGCAUCGUUACCCGCACAUGGAUAUCCUCGAGAUUGGGGCUGGGACUGGUGGCGCAACAAAGGCCAUCAUGGCGGAGAUGAUUGGAAGCGCGUUUUCCUCGUAUACAUUUACCGACAUUUCCGCCGCGUUAAUGGAGAAGGCACAGGAGCUGUUCCCUCAGGUAACCAACAAGAUGGUGUUCAAAACCCUCGAUAUUGAGAAGGACGUAGUCGACCAAGGUUACCAAGAACACUCGUACGAUCUCAUCAUCGGCUCGAUGGUCUUGCACGCAACCAAGAAUCUCGACAAGACUCUACAAGAGACCCGUCGGCUACUCAAGCCCGGUGGCUAUCUCCUUCUUAUAGAACUCAUCAGCAAAGACGUUGUCCGCACUGGCUUUACCAUGAGUGGCUUGUCGGGUUGGUGGCUUGGCCAAGAUGACGGCCGGCACUACUCUCCGUGUGUGACCUCGACCAAAUGGCACCAGCUUCUCUUGGGAGCCGGGUUUUCAGGUAUCGACACCAUAACACCUGAAGUCGACAUUCUGCCCCGGCCCGCAUCCGUCAUCGCGUCCCAGGCCGUUGACCGGCGCGUAAGCGUCAUUCAGCAACCGCUUAUGCACGCCCACGAGUCCAACGCUGUCUCGGCCGACAAUGGGGACCUGGUGAUCAUCGGUGGGCAAAGCUUAACGACGGUGUUGUUGAUUGACACAAUCAUGGAUCUGAAACGGCACUUUGAGUUCCAGAUCACUCGCUUCUUAGCCUUGGAGGAACUCACUGAUGCUAGCAUCUCUGCCACGGCCAUGAUACUGAAUCUGACCGGACUGGACCGACCCAUCUUCUCUGAUGUCACGGAUGAAUCCUUACGAGCCAUACAGAACAUGGUCGACUAUCAACGGACAAUUCUAUGGGUGGCACAGGGCUCUCGUGCUGACGAGCCAUAUAUGAACAUGACUCUGGGACUUGGCCGGUCGAUAGCCAUAGAAACCCCCGGCACCCGCAUCCACUUUCUCGACCUUGACUUUUCCCAGAAGCCAGACGCAAGGUUGGUGGCAGAAACACUUCUCCGUCUGCGAUUCACACAGGAAGAAGCUUCUGUUCGCGGAGUUCUCUACACAAUGGAGCAGGAGAUAUUCGAGGAAGGGGGCCGUAUCGUAAUCCCACGACUACAGCCGAUGGAACCAGCAAAUACCCGAUACAAUGCCUCCAAACGAUCCAUCGUGCAGGCCAGAUGUCCCUCCGAAUGUCCACUCAUUCUAGCUCGAUCCAGCCAGACUAGUGGCUAUGCUUUCUACGAGGCACCGCCCGAGCACUGUCUCCAUGUCGACGCCGGUCACGUUCUGACCGAUGUCGCAGCAUCCACUUUGCGGCCCAUUAUAGAAGACAUGUACGGUGUUGUUGGACUGGACCCUCAGGCCGACAUUUAA